GGAGGCGGGCUCCAUGGAAACGGCAGACCGGCGUGCUAGCACAGAGAGUAGCACGGUUAGCUAGCUGUAAUCCUGGAUGUGGAUGAACAUCGAUGUUCGCUGACUCUGUUUAUUUCACCGCUUCUCUGUGAAGAUGAGUCGGACUCCGGAUGCGAGAGCGAGGGACAACCAGACAAGACAGAUCCAGGAGAACAUCACCAAUGUGGAGAAACAUUUUGGAGAGAUGUGCCAGCUGUUUGCUGGUUACGUGCGUAAAACAGCCAGGCUACGUGACAAGGCCGACCUUCUGGUUCGUGAAAUCGGCCUGUACGCAGACACUGGAACACCAAAUCUGAAGAGGGGUAUGAAGCAGUACGCUGACCACCUGGCCAAGAUUCAAGACUACCGCCAAGCUGAGGUGGAAAGACUUGAAGCCAAAGUCAUAGAGCCAUUAAAGAGUUACGGAGCUGUUGUGAAACGUAAAAGGGAGGAUCUGAAGACGACUCAAAGUGCCAGAGACAGAGAAGCCAAACAGAUGGCUCAGCUCGAGAGGACCAGACAGAGGAACCCCUCAGACAGACAGAUCAUUUCUCAGGCUGAAAGUGAGCUCCAGAGAGCCACCAUGGACGCCACGCGGACAACCAGGCAGCUGGAGGAGACCAUAGAUGAGUUUGAGAAGCAGAAAAUCCGGGACAUUAAGAAAAUAUUUGGCGAGUUUGUGACAGUGGAGAUGUCAUUCCAUGCCAAGGCCUUGGAGGUCUACACCUUGGCCUACCAGAGCAUUCAGAGUGUCGACGAGGAGGAGGACCUGGAGGUGUUCAGGAGCUCACUGCACCCCCCUGACUACCAGUCACGCUUAGACAUAGUGCGAGCAAAUUCCAAAACCUCCCUCGAUCGGACCAGCUCCUUCCUGAGCACGUCAGGAACCUUACAGCAACAAAGAACUUCCAUUCAGCAGACAAGAGAUGAGGAAGAGGAAGAGGACAACGACGAGGAUGAAGAGGAGUCUGAUGAGGACGAAGAGGACUCAGACGAUGAUGAUUAAAUUGUCAUUUUUUGCAUUUUUCAUUACGGAACAAAAGGGAUAUCAAAUCAUGUACCAACUGAAAAAGCUGUCAUUGCCAAAAUCCCCUGUCGCAGGUGGUCUGAGCAGUAUUGUAGUGGUGUUGUGUUAUAGCUGUGUGAUGCUCUGUAAGAGAGCACGUUGUUCUUUCCAGCCAGUUUUUGUCCUCGCUAUAUUUUUAUAUCUCACACAUUAACAAACCGUGCAUUAUAUAGUCACGCAUCUUUAUAAAUAAAAGAAAUUCAGUUUGUUA